UUCCCCUCCUGCUGUGACGUCGCGCUGUGAUGACGCACCGGAAAGCGACGCGAGCACAGUCCAACUCUCGCCGCGGGUGGAGCAACUUUCGCUCGAGCGAUCUGCCAAAUUUGAUGCUAUCUAAUACAUUCGUUUAUGCCAGCUAUCUGUGGGAGACUGUGAACCCGUGAAGGGGUCGCGGUAGAAUUGGUCUCCUUUAGUGUCUGACUCCUGUUUUAAGAGUAUUUUUUGAAAGCGAGAAACUGCGAGAACACACCCACAGCAGUGACAGACCGCGGGAAAAUGUCGCUACUUCCUGUGCAAUGAAGUCUUGGCGCGACAUUACAGUUGUAAACAACAGGAGGACGCAUAACAAUACGCAAACAAGAACUGAGCCAAGGGGAUACUUGGAAGAAUGGAAGACAAUGAUGCUUCUGGUUCCUUUGUACCGGAUGUCAAUGAAGACUCUGUGGAUAUCUAUGAUGGCCUGGAUCUCGCGUUUAGCAUCAAUACAGAGAAGUCAUCUCCUAAGGCUUCUCAGCUGAAGGACUCGAUGGAUCUUUAUGAAGAACUUGUCACAGAGGAACAGCAGAGCAGAGAGUCCUCCUACUCUGAGUUGAAGUCCAGAUUCCAAGCAGCUCAAAACCAAAUUAAGGAGUUGCGCAGGAGAGUGGAGCAGAUGGAGACACAGAAUACAGGGUUGAACACUGAGAACUGCCGCCUCAAAAAGAACAUCUCUGCACUUCUACAAACAGCGAGACAGGAGGUGACACGGAAAGAUGCUGAGAUUCAGAGGUUGAACCAAUUGUCCGACAAAGGUCACCAUCAUCACCAAUCUCGCUUUAAUAAUCACCGGGAUCAAAUUUCCUCCAGUCGGACGUCCGCAGGCAGCUACAUGAUUAGGCCACCUCCACCCUCCAGUCUUCUGCCGCCUCUGCCGCUUCCUCUCCUAUUCAUUCCUCCUCCUCCACCUCCCAUGGAGGAUCAUCCUUCAGGCGAUCCUCCUCAACUCUCCAGGAAAGAAAGUGAUAGUUCCACAUAUCAGCCCAGCAGGAAAUCCAGCAGCACUUCAUCAACCCAACAUAGUAGGUCAGACAAACGCGAGUUCAAGCACAGAGAGGAAAAAUGUCCGAGUCAAAAACUAUCAGAAUCAACAGACAGGAGACAAAGAAAUAGCUCAGAGCCCAACAAAGACAGUUCUGCCUCUGACAAAAACAGGUCUCACAAAGUAGACAAAGACACAGGACGAAGAUAUGACUCCAGAUCAUGCAAAAGCAGGAACUACCUAAAUGUUGAGGGGCACCACAGAUCAGACCGGGCUAAAAGUCCUCCACAAGAGAGUGCCGUUUCCCUUGAUGACAAGAAAGGGAGAAGUCGAGAACGAAGACCAGACGCAGCCAAAACGUCCACCUCAGACUCAGAACAUAGUGCAGCUCAUAGCUCUAAAGACGGCUACAGUCGAGAUCAUAGAAAAAUCAAAACCAGUGAUGGACAUGUCAGAAGUUCAAACUCAAAGGACCGGAAAAAGUCCUCUUCAACUCAACUUGCUGAGCGCAGCCGUGAGUCCUCCAAAGAGAGGGGAGGGGAUAGACUCAAGGAUUGUCCAAAGAAGGAGGAUAUACGACGUGAAGAUAAAAUCAGCAGAAAACACAAGACGAGCUCUCCGACCAAGAUAGACAGAGAACGUGAGAAAGCGAGACCAAAAGAGUCAGAUCCAGGUAAAGAGGAUGUCAGUAGUAAGGAAAGUACAGAAAAGACACAAGAGGCCUUAAAAAGAUCAUCCGAAGAACCAAGUAUCACUGAGAAAAGCUGUGUGGAGGAAAAUAGUCCAAACAGGAAACUAUGUUUCAUGGAAACAUUAAAUCUAACCCUUUCACCAAUUAAGAAGCCGCUGCUGCCUGUCAGCCAGGGCAACCUCACACCAGUGGAGGUAGUAGAACACGUACCAGAUGAUGAGAGUUCACAGCCUAACAUCGAGGAUAUGUGUGUGAUUGAUGAAGUUAAUAGCAGUGAAUUAGAAGCAGGGUUUGAAGAUGUUGCAGAACAACCUUCAGAAACCCCUAAAACUCCAUGUUCUGAAAAGACACAUAAGAGGUGUGACUAUGCGAAAGACGUCCAGGAAAAGGACGAACACCACAGUGAAAUUCCUGCAGCUGACGGGCAACUUGAAGACGAUUCAUUCCAAACUUCCUCGGCUCAUGUUUAUGAGCCAGAUACUGUGAAUCUCACACCAACAUCACCAGAAAUUAGUUCUCUAAAAACAACAGAUAUUUCAAGACACGAGGACAAACCCAAGCUGGCGUCAGACAGCCAGGUGGUUGGUUGUGGCCCUCUGCAGGCUACAGAUGGUGACAGUGUCACGCCUGGAAGCAUUUCUAAACAACACACAGGAAAUUCUUCACGUAAAGUAAAUUCCGCAAAUAAUAGUGAUCAAUUUAUUGCUGUUACAGACCCCACUGUGCUUGAACCAAGUGUAGAAAUGAAGCGUAGAACUCCUAAAAGUGUAGUAAAGAAAAGCCUCUCUGUAAAUUCAGUCGAAGAAGAAGAAGAAGCUGCUUCACCCUCAAGAGAAAAUCCUGUAGCUGAAGAUGUUCCUCACAAGGCCAACCACAAAAGUAAGCAAAGUCCUCCCAUAAUUCUACCUCAGGACUGUCAGCAGGGACUGUGUCCUCCUGCGUCCAUUUCCCUUCACAUGAAAGAUGCUUGUUGUGAGCAAGAGGGUCCUAAAGAUGCAGACGCUGUAUCCAGUACAAUAAGCCUUGAAUCACUUCCACAAGAAGGGCUAAGUCUACCGGAGGCUAUCUACGUUUUAACACAGACAAAUGAAGACAGCAAUGACGGCAGUAGCAUCGCGACUGAGCCGAGCUCUUCCACUGGCUGUAAGGUCAGCAGUACGACAGAGGAGACGGCUCUGCCAGGGAAGCACAGUGACCUCACGUUCACACCAAAGAAGAGCUUCACUCCUGGAAAAGGUUGUGAGAAUAAGGUUGAGCCUUCCAGCUCUAUGCCAAUACUCCAUGAUGAGGAUUCCAUGAUGCGCACACUGAGCAAUCUGAAGACAAUCCCUGAUGCCAUCAGCCCUCUGAGGAGCCCAAUACGGAUAACCAAGAGAAAUCACCUCCAUGUUCACGGCAAGCCAGGGCACGUCAAGAGCCUUCAAAAAGAUUUCUCCAGCACAGCUGUUGACGACACCUCAAAGAAGUUGGAUGUAAACAAAGAAAACAAAUAUCCGGGUUCUCCAGCGAACCAUGACACACAGAACCUGGUGGACAAUGUUUCCGACCUGCCUUCAAGUCUCUCUGACACUGAUCUGGAGGAAGGGGAAAUAUUAAGCGAAAGCGAUGAGGUGGCGACAGGUUCUCCUGUUCCUGCAACCAAGAGGGUGAAGUUAGCGCGACCAGUCAGAAAUAAAGCGAGUCCUAAUUCUGUGUUAAAGAGGAAACCUGAAGAAGGGAGCGGUUCAUCCAGAAAAAUGAAUGAAACGGCCGUAUCGACACGAAGUCCGAAGAGUCGCUUUAAAACAGUUUGCCCCGCGGCAACCAAAGCUUCCUUUUCUAGCACAGACGAAGUAAUGGAGACAUUCAAGGUGGUUCGUACUGAGAUUCGAAAAAAGUACAUGAAGCUUCAUAAAACCUUUCCCAAGAAGAGCUUCUACGGUGUGAUGGACAAUUUCCAGGAGUCCUAUUUAGAAUUUGUGGAUGGGGCUAGUUUUGGUCAAAUAUGCAGUCAGGCAGGGGAGCUGAAAUCCAAGCUGAAAACAUUGAUUGCAUCUGUGUUUAGCAAACUAUCAAAUAAUGGUAUUGUGAAACGCAUCUUUGAACAGCAAGCAGUCGAUCUGAAACAAAGGUUGUGGGACUUUGUGGACGUCCAAGUUGACUACUUGUUCAAGGACAUUCACACUACGCUGAAGAGCCUUUGCAAACCAGGAAGAGCUCAGGCCGAGGACAAUGGGCCCAGUGGAAAUGAGAAAGUGUCUAAACAGCCCCCCGUAAAGAAGCCACAGUGUCAACAAAUGGACGUACAAUCGGCUCCGAAAAGCAUUAAUUGGAUAGUGCCCUGUGCUGUGGCGCCGUACAAAACAGGCCUUGGAAGCAGAGGCAAAGAUAUCAGAAUCACACAAGUGGAAAAAGACCGGAAUGUUGACCCACAUCCAAUAAAUUGCCCAAAUACACAAACUGUCGCCGUCUACCUUCCUCCAAAAAAUAUAACUUCAACUCCAGAGAAAAGUACCAGAACUUCUUUGUUAGUCCCUCAAAAUGGUACUUUGCUUGACAAAACUGACUUUGAGCUUCUCACAGAACAGCAAGCCUCCAGUUUAACAUUCAACCUGGUGAGAGACUCUCAAAUGGGAGAAAUCUUCAAGUGUCUCCUGCAAGGAUCUGACUUACUAGAAAACAGUGGCAUCACUGGAGACAACACGGUGUGGUCCCUCAGUACACCAAGGAAGGAUGGAGAGAGACUCAUCAGCAUCACUACUCCAACGAAAUUUGACUCUCCGUCUAAACUGUUGUCCCCGAUGAAAUUUGGGACUCCCUCAAAACUCAUCGCAACAUGGUCCAACAUUUCCCCUCGCAGGAUAUCGUCUCCUCGAUCCAAAAAUCAGAUCCACCUGAAUCCAGCUUUAUUUGAUGAAAACUGCUUGUUAGAAGUGCCAUCAGAGAAUAGAGCUCUGGCUUCACAGAGGUCAUAUUCCAUUCUAUCUGAAGACCUGGCCGUCUCCCUCACCAUUCCAUCCCCUCUCAAGUCCGACAGCCACCUCAGCUUCCUACAGCCAUCAAGCAUGCACCUCAUGUCCACUCCAGACAGCGUCAUCAGCGCUCACAUAAGUGAGGAUGCUCUGCUGGACGAGGAAGACGCAUCAGAGCAAGACAUUCAUCUCGCCCUCGACACCGACAACUCCAGCUGUGACUCCAGCUGCAACGAAGUACUCGCCACACCUUUCGUGUUCAAGCCUGACCUGCCCAUGCAGGCGCUAGUGAUGGAGAAGUCCAACGAUCAUUUCAUUGUGAAGAUCCGGCAGGCGGCCACAGGUGCAGAUACCACGCUCACUGCUGAUGACAGCUUAAGUCAAACACUAACAGAAGAAGACCAGCAACAUAGAGAAGAUAACAUGGAACAUAAAGACAAUCGAGCAAAAGCAGUUUUGUCCGAGAAAUCGCAUAAUCGUACUCAUUCAUACGCUCCAUCAAAGAACAGUCCGGCUGCCACUGACGCAGACAUCCAUCCCUCUCAAGAUGAGAGUUUAACACUAACAAAAGACUCUUACCACAAACAAUAUUUGUUAACUCAACAAAACACCUCAAAGCUUUGUUUUUCUGAGGAUUCACAGAAGCUAUCAGAGAAAAAUCUGCCUCAAACUUCUCCUUCAGACAACAACUCGCAGAACGGUGCUCAGAGCUCUGAACAUUUCUUUGGACUGAUCGACCAGGCAACCAGCAGAGAAGAGAUCACAGUCGCUGAUGAAAACACGAGUCAAACACGCCACAGAGAAGAAGACAUGACAACUCAACAAAGUCCCUCAAAGGCUCUUUUGUCCAAGUCUCAGAAAAUAAUCUGUUGCUCUGAAACUGUGGUGUCACAAAACGGUUCACAUCCUUCUAAUGAAAGCUUUGAAACGGAUGAAGGACGCCGAGUGUUGGCGUCACAUGUUUCAGACUCCGGGACAGAGGAAAUGGAAGAGUCAGAAAGAAGGCUCACCGUUGCAGAGGACACUGGCAGCACAUCAGAGAAAGACCAAAGGGAUUGUAACAAAGGUCGAAAACGGAAGAAGCACCAAGAGAAAUCAAAAGCCAAGCGGUUCAGAAAGAAGGAAGAGGAGAGUGCAGACGAGAUGGUGUCUUACUGCAAGCAAGAUGAUGGUGAAUCCAGAUCCUCCCCGGCAUCUCUGUCCCCCAACAGUCUCCAUGCCAAGAAUGUGAUCAGGAAGAAGGGCGAGGUGGUGAUAGCAUGGACCAGAGAUGAAGAUCGAGCUAUUCUGAUCGACUUGAAGACAAAAGGUGCUUCACGUGAGACUUUCUCUGCUUUGUCAGAGAUGCUUAAUAAGCCAUCUAGCGAGAUCGCUCACAGAUUUUACCAGCUCAUGAAGCUUUUUAAGAAGCGGGAGAAGAUGGACCCUUGAUACCUCUGACUGUUGCAGUUCUUGUAUUGGAGCGUUUCCACACACAUACUGUGGCACCAACACCGGCAUGGAGACUGCUGUUCAUGUGACUUUGUGCUUGAAGAAGUGAACGCAGGGUGGUGAGUCGUAACGUAAGCGGGACGUGAAGUCUUAACGCAAGCGGGAAGUGAAGUCGUAACUCCCUUCACUGUCCGUGAAGGUAUUUUGUUUUGGAUGUGUUUAUAAGUGUGACAAACAGGACUCUUCCUCUGCACAGCUGAUGAGUUAUAUUGAUGUGAACAAUCACUAAAAGUAAAGCUAACAUGAGUGUUCUUGCUUUUGAUGCACUUUUGGGGUUGAAUGAAUCCACACUGCAGUCUCUACUACAGCAUCAGGUCUGGGUGUGAUGUCUGGUCCUCACAAAAGCAUGUAACGUUGUCCUCAGUGAAGCAUCUCUACUUGCUUUCCUUUCGCUGCAUUUGCAGGUAUGAUGCAUUGCGAAAAUGGUAUUCCUCAAGUUCAUCGUACAUCUACUCCUAAACUUCUGUUCCUCUCAGUACAGUUUGGAAAAACUGCCUUUCGGAGUAAGACGCUUCCAGCUUCCAGUGCUCAAAUAUUUCUAAAUCAAGUCACAUUUUUAGUUCCUAAAGUUUGUGGAAAUGUUCACUGGAAGCAACUUGAAGCAUCACCCAUGAGUAGACCUCGAGCUAUGGGACUGAUAGGUUGGUCCAUUUUAUUAGAAUUCUGUAUUGUAUAUGAAUUUAUAUGAAUUAUUUGGAUCUUAUUUUUAUGGUUGCAUUUGUGUGUGAUUGAAAUGUUUGAAGGACUGUUAAAAUGUUUUCAUGUACAGGACAGUACACUUAUCUGUUAAUACAAAUGACACAUUUUAUCUGUGGGCCUAACUGGCUUUUUGUUUGGUUCAUCCCAUCACUUGGAAACAGAAAUUACAAUUGUGUGUAAUUCUUUACUGAAAAUAAAGUUGUAUUUAUUUA